AUGUUUUGGGGUUUAAUAAUGGAACCAAAGAAACGAUAUAGUCAAACCGUCGAAAUACCAUUUCACCUGUCUAUGGCAACUUUGGAUGUUACAACCGGCAAUGAUGAAAUAGUACAAGUGAUAAUAUCUUACAAUGAUACAAAUUAUAUACUGUGUAACCUAAAAAAAGACUCAUUGUGGCAAGUAGCACUUGACUUGCAUUUUGAAAAAGGAAAUAAAAUAACUUUUACAUGUAGUGGUGAAAGUUACGUACACUUAACUGGGUAUUUGAAUCAUGAGUUCGUUUUAAGUGAUCCAGAAAAAGGAGAAGAAAAUAAUUUUUCACAAGUAAUUAAUAAACAAUCAAAAAGAAAAGCAACACAUUCUCCUAAAGUGACUUUAAAAGCAAAACGAAUGAAAUGUGAAGUUGAAUCUUCGGAUGUUGAAUUACAAUCUGACGAUACAGAUGAAGAUAGUGAAUAUGUAAAUGAAAGUGAAGAGGAUGAAGAAGAAGAAGAAGAGGCAGAAGAAGAUGAAGAAGAAGAAGAAGAAGAAGAAGCAGAAGAAGAAGAAGAAGAUAAAAAUUACGAAGAUGAUGAUGAUAAUGAUAAUGAAUUUUGUUUAAACGUGGAGUCUACUGAUGAUUUUGAAAGCAAAGAAGAAACCGAAGAGGAUGAUACCGAAGAAAAAGAAAAUAAACCUAUGAAACGAAAUAAGAAAAAUAAACAAAUCCAACAACGAAAUAAGAAGCAAGAUGAAAUAACAUGUGAAGAGGAAGAUGAACAAAAGAAACAAAGUAAAAAACAACAAAAGAAAAAAUUAAAAGAACAAAGUGUUCAAAAAAAAGAGAUAAAGAAAAUGAAAACUAUAAAAAUAAAAGAUAUAAAAUUAGGUACUGGUGCAGUUGCAAAAUCAGGAAAAUUAGUUUCAGUUUAUUAUGUAGGCAGAUUAAAAAAUGGUAAGAAAUUUGAUGAGAAAAAACAAGGAAAUGGUUUUAAAUUUAAACUUGGAAAAGGUCAGGUAAUUAAAGGAUGGGAUUUAGGUAUAGUAGGUAUGAAAGUUGGCGGAAAGAGGCAAAUUACAAUACCUCCGUCUAUGGCAUAUGGUGCUAAAGGUUUCCCUCCUCUUAUUCCUGGAAAUAGUACGCUUGAUUUUGAUAUUGAACUGAGAAAUGUUUAUUAA